AUGGCUGACAAGCUCUCCGAAACAAUGCACGGAAUCAAGAAGAUCGCGGUGGACGACAUGCGCGAGCUAGACGAGGCCACGCAGAACGAGCUGCUUCACUGCCGGGCGGUUAUCUUUGGGGAGAUGGACCAGACCAUAUACAAUGUGGAAAAGGAGGUGCUCGACCGCACUCGAGCUCUAUUUCGAUAUGCGUGGCACCAUCUCCCCGACUUGGACAAGAACCGGGGUAACGGGUUGCUGCGACUCGAGGUCACGGACCGGCAGCGAGAUCUCCUGAAUAUCCUUCUCGUGGAUCGCCACAUGGCUCAGUCUCAAGUAUCGUUUGAGACCUUGAUGGAGUCUGAGGGAAUGGUGGCCGCAUUCUGGGGCAGAGGCGAGCUCCAGCCAUUUCGAAACGUCAUCGCUUGGCAGGCAAAGGGGGAUGAAGAGUGGCAAGCCAAAGAGCGGGCUGCGAACUUUGGGCCGGUCAGCUGGAAGCUGGACCAAGACCCGAGCCUUGAGAACAGCAUAAACAAGCGGCUCGGUCUGCGAGAGGUCAGUGGCGGCAACACUACCAUGCUGCUGCCAAACUGGCCCAUAUGCCUGCGAGUGAAGAUGACGAGUUCAGUUCCCGUGUCGAUGGAUAGGGUGAUGGAGCAGAAGGUCUUGAACCUCAAGGGUUUCGCGCUGCUUGCUGAGGCCGAAAAGGACGGCAAAUACAGAGUGUCUGUAACUCAAAAAGAGUACACUUUGCUUGCGGCUGUGGCGCUGAGGUCGUCUGGUGAGCAGAAUGACGUUGUGCACACUUUCGACUCAGAAGGCAGCAAGGUUCAUCCUAGCCUCAAGAAGGUAGUUCCUUCCGAAGCACCGGCUGAGAAGAAGCCGGUGAGCGAGACCAUGCUGUACUUCAGCCGAUUAGGCUUGGAAAAGAGCAUGGAAGCUAUUACCAUCUCAAGUGGCAGCGGAAGUGAGGACGGCUUAGAAGACCGUGACGACAAGAAGUUCCGUCAGAUGCUCAAGGCGCUGGACCCCGGCGCGAGCACGGGUCUCACCCCGUUGUCGAGGGAGGCUGAGCAGAGGCUGCCAAAGAAUAUUGGUCCGGCUUUGAAGGCAGCCAAGGCGAAGUUUUUCCAGUAG